AUGCUCGUCUCAUCUCUUCUCGCCCUCACUGCGGCAACCGCUGUCGCCGCCCACGGAUCCGGCCACCCCCAGAAGCACGCCGCCGCAGCCCGCCGCAUGCGUGACUCUGAGCCUGAGCUCGACCUCCGUUCCGAGCCCAAGCUCCAGAAGCGUUCCUUCUCCGGACGCGGUACCUGGUACGAUGUCGAGGAGCGCAUCUGCGCGUGCGGUGACUGGCACAAGAACUCUGAGCACGUUGUCGCCAUGAACACUGCCCAGUACGGCAACGGCUACCCGUCGGACCAGUGCUGGAAGUACAUCACCGUGCAGGCCAACGGUAUCACUGUCAAGGACGUCAUGGUCGUUGACGAGUGCCCUCUCCCGCCCGAGGCCAACUGUACGACCGACGGCGACAUUGACCUCUCGCGUGGUCUCUUCAAGGUCUUCGCCGACUGGAACGUCGGUGUCCUCGACGCGACCUGGUGGUGGCAGGACGGCCACGAGGGCGGCGACGGCGGCGACAAGCCCAAGUCGUCGUCCACCUCUGAGUGGCACGAGCCCUCGACCUCAAGCGAGCAGCCCACCUCGACCUCGACUUCCGAGUGGCACGAGCCGUCCACCAGCUCCGAGUCGCCUUCGCCUUCUCCUGAGCCCUCGCCUUCGCCGUCUCCCUCGCCUUCGCCCUCGUCCUCGUCCACGACCUCGUCCACCUGGUCCGAGACGAGCAGCAGCGCCUCCUCCUCGUCUGCCAGCAGCAGCUGGUCGUCUGCCGUUCCCUCAAGCUCGGCGUUCAACUCGACGCUCCUCUCGUCCUCGACCUCGGCCAACCUCACCUCGCUCACGAGUACGACCGCCAACCUGACCGCGUCGCUCACGGCCAGCACGAACGCGAGCGCUACCGGCGCCGCCCUCGGACUCGGCCUCGGCGAGCAGCCCGGAGACGCGCCCCUCGACAUUGAGACGCCCGGCGCCGGCGCCAGCGGCGUCCUCGCCGGUGUCAACCGUAUCGUCGCGGCCUAUGGCCAGCUCAUCGCCCGCGCCGCUAGGGGAUAA